GUUAAUAACGAACGCUUCUUUUGGUGAACUGUCAGAAACAAGGAACACCUUUUGGAAAGAAGUAUGACUUACAGACGACGUAGAAACAGGUCUGACCGAAAGUGACUGUCGUUACUUCUGAAAGUAGAUGAACUGUAGUCAUUUGCUAAAUUUAGAUUGAUUGGUAACGUUUGUAUCGGAGCUGCUUAUUUCUAGUCUUUCCUCGAACCUAACAGUUACUUCCGCGUCGUGUAGCUUUAUCGUUUAUAAAUAACUGUAGCCAUAUAUGAGAUAUCGCUGCUGCAUAAGCAGUCACACACAAACCUGUCUUCGUCAGACGGUCGAGAAGCGAUUGUAGCGAUUGAGCAUAUUAAGCUGUAUUGCCUGUAAAGUCGUUAGUAGUCUGGGUCUGUCCCAGGCAUGAAGAGGAAACCUAUGGGCUCAAGUCACAGCUCUGAUUCACCCUCAAGUCGCAGUCAGUCUGCUGCUUCGUCAUGUUCGCUUUCAAAAGCAGAAUUCUUCCCUGUUCCUCUGGAGAUCCUGGAGGAGAUCUUCCUGAAUCUUCCUCCUGAACAGGUGGUUCAUCUUUGUCGGUUAGUGUGCCGUCAAUGGAAAGAAGUGGCUGACAGUGAAUCUCUUUGGAGAGACCGAUGUAGAAGAGAAGGAUAUCGCCUCCGUGAUCCUGCCAAAAUACCUAAAGACUGGAGGUUGUUUUAUUUCCUGUGCAAGAAGAGAAGGAAUCUUCUCAAGAAUCCAAGAGGAGAACAUGAGAUGAAUCAUUGGCAAAUUGUGCAGAACGGUGGUGAUAGAUGGAAAGUAGAGGGAGUUAUGGUGCCACAUCCAAAUGAAGUGGCCCAGAAAAACUUUGUGACCUCUUAUGGCAUGUGUAUGAAGUCCCAGCUGGUUGAUCUGGAGGUGGAAGGGUACAACCCGUCGUUUAUGGAUCACUUCCAGCCGGACAUCAAAGUAUCUGAUUGGUAUGCACCACGAUGGGAUUGUGGCUCUGAAUAUCAGAUCUGCGUAGAGCUGCUGAAUCAAAGAAAGAAGGUUGUCCAAACAUUUGCUCCUGAGACGGUUUACUUUGAGCAGUGGAACGAUCAGAAAUGGAAUCAGAUGACCCAUGUAUUUCAGAACUACGGACCAGGAGUGAGAUACAUCCGUUUCACCCACGGAGGCAAGGACACACAGUUUUGGGAAGGAUGGUAUGGUAUUCGUGUUACGGACAGCAGUGUUGAGAUAUGUCCAGCAAUCGAGACAUAGCUCUGUGGGAUUAAUCUAAAGCAUGUUUCCUGCCUUUGCCUAAAAUUGCACCUUUUUUCAGAUAUUGCACUGUAUGUUAUACUGACCUUGUAAUACGCAGUCAUUUUUCAUGUUAAAGGAUUCUUUAUUUAACUUAAAAAACGAAAUACUCUAUGUGCAUAAGUUUCUUUAUGGAAGGAAAUUUGAAAAAAUUGUGACAUGUAGAUUUUCUGUGUAGUAACACAGCACACCUUGAAUUGUAGCAUUGUACAACAGAAGACAGAAGAGUUGUAACAGAUUUGUUCCAAUGCAAGUGUAAUUGAAAAUCUUGUCAGAAAUUGUGCAAAUCUUGCUUUAAAGUCAACACACUAAAAGAGACCAUUUAAAGGAGUUAACAGAAAUGUAACUUUCUUUAAAUGUAAACACUAUUAUUACCUCUCAUUGCAUCUGGCUGUUCAUUUUUAAAAGGAAGUUCACGGGCAAUGAAGUUAAUGUUGUUUUAGUACCAAAGAGCCAUUAUGAUCCCUGAGAACACUUGAUAUAAAUCACCCUCUGUAUUCAACAUUCCAUAUUUUUAAUGAAAACGUACACUUGAGCCUGGAAUAAAUCAUUUUUCAGUUUAGUGUUUUUGUAUGUCACCUGGUUAUAUAAAUGGAAAAGAUUCCCUAUACAGUAUCAAGAGUAGUUUUGAAGAACAGGGUCGUCAGUGGACUGUCUGAUAUUAUUCUCAGGUGUUCGCCUGUAAAGUGGAGUGAGUUAUGUGGAGGCAUCAUUGUGUGCUGUGAUCUCAUUAUUUCUGACAACAUCCAUAUGUUUGGGCCAAGAUGAGUGUUGCUCAGCUUUGGACAAAAAGAAUAAAUAUCCACACUCUGUUUGUGAACACUACUGUAACAGCUGUAAUAGAAAUAUGCUUUGCACUGCUCUGUAAUGUAUAUGUUAUUAUGCUGAAAUCUGAAGUGGGAAACAUUUUGGCUGAAGAAUGUUUUACAACUCUUUGUAUUUCUCAUCCCUGUCAUCUGUCAAAAAUGUGUAUUUUCAUAAACCUUCUUUUUCACCAUCAAGUCAGACAACAUCAUGUAUAGUAUUUGAAGUUAGUUUUAUUCAUAAUACUGGUUUAUUGUGACGUUUUAUCACACGGAAGAUACAGUACAACUUUGAUGUCAAAUUGAAUAAAGAUCAAAGACUCCAAGAAACUCA